CACACUCGCGCUCGGGCGCACACGGAGCAGGCACCGGCGCCCGGAGCGAGCCAGCGAGCCAGCGAGCAGCGAGCCGAGGACCCGUCGGGCUGAGCCGGCCGAGCAGGGAGCGAGUCGAGCCCGUGACGACCCUACGCCCCUCGCGCCCCGUAGCUGCCCCCAGCCGGCUGGUGUCCCCGCCGCCCUCCCUGACCCAUGGCGCUGAAGAGGAUUCAGAAAGAAUUAAGUGAUCUACAACGGGACCCACCUGCUCAUUGUUCAGCUGGACCUGUGGGAGAUGACUUGUUCCACUGGCAAGCAACUAUUAUGGGACCUCCUGAUAGCGCCUAUCAAGGUGGAGUCUUCUUUCUCACUGUACAUUUUCCGACAGACUAUCCUUUUAAGCCACCAAAGAUUGCUUUCACAACAAAAAUUUACCAUCCAAACAUAAACAGUAAUGGAAGUAUUUGUCUUGAUAUCCUGAGGUCACAAUGGUCACCAGCUCUGACUGUAUCAAAAGUUUUAUUGUCCAUAUGUUCUCUACUUUGUGAUCCUAAUCCAGAUGACCCCUUAGUACCAGAUAUUGCACAAAUCUAUAAAUCAGACAAAGAAAAAUACAACAGACAUGCAAGAGAAUGGACUCAGAAAUAUGCAAUGUAAAAUCAAAAAAAUUUUCAUAUAUACCAGAGUACUGUAAAAUCUAGGUUUUUUUCAACAUUAGCAGUAAAUUGAGCACUGUUUACUGUUUCAUUGUACCAUGAAAUCCUUUGAAUUUUACCCACUUUACAUGUAUUUCUGAAGCAAGACAAAAAACAAACUUCCAAAAAUACCCUUAAGACUGUGAUGAGAGCAUUUGUCAUUUUGUAUGCAUUAAGAAAGACAUUUAUUAUGGUUUUUAAGAUACGUGGACAUCUGCAUCUUCAGCUUACAAGAUCUGCAAUGCAUCUGAAAAACAACCAAAUUAUUUUUUGCUGAAACUAGAUGUUUUUACAUGAGAAAUACUGUACGUGUUGUCUAAGAUGUCAUCAGUUUUAUAAAUCUGUAUUCAGAUUUCAUUCUUUGUUAGCUCACUUUAUAAUUUGUAUUUUUUUACUGUAUAGACUAAAUAUAUUCUAUUUACAUGUAUGUCAACUCAUUACCUUUUCCCUGUGAACAGUAUUGAAAAAACCCAACAGCUGGUAAUUAAAUGAAUUAACUGUCUGUCUCCCUUGUCUUAGGGUAUUCUGUAGAUUGAUUACAGAUUUCUUAAACCUGAAAGGAUCUUUACACUGUAAUUCUCAGUAUCCUGAUUAUGGAGAAACACUUGUUUUGAUUUUGUUAUACUUGACUUAACUUUAUUGCAAUGUGAAUUAAUUGCACUGCUAAGUAGGAAGAUGUGUAACUUUUAUUUGUUGCUAUUCACAUUUGAAUUGAAUUUUUUUCUGUAUAGGCAAUAUAUAUUGACACCUUUUACAGAUAUUAAUGUAGCUUUUUCCAUAUAAAUAAAAUGCUUUUUCUACUA